AUGCGUCCACCACGGAUCGCCGUGCUCGUCUUCCUCCUAGCCUCGUCCUUCUUCCUUAUUGGUCGCGCGUUGACCUACAACAAGCCGUACAAACCAAGCCAUGCCGCUGCAGGGAACCUCGAGUCCGAGCAAAGGUCGUCGCUAUGGGGUUUCAUGUACUACAACACACCCUUCUCAUUAUUUCCGCCAAAUGCCGCCAUCAGCUUGACCGAUGACAAUAGUACCUCCUUCGCAGCCCGGCCCGCAGCGUUUGGGCCCAAACUAGCGCCCAGGGGUCUUAGCGGGCAACUCUGGGUUGGCGGCGGGUUCGCGGACGACGAGCUUGAGGCGAAUGGAGAGUUCGGCUGCAGCGAUCUGCCCACUCGGGGUGCGGCAGGUAUCGUGAGGAACGCAAAGACACUGCGCGCUGCGACAGUACCCCGUGUCGCUUCCUCGAGCAGGGUGAAGAGCCGUCAAGAGAAGAGCAACGGUGUAUCUAUGCUUCUGGAUCACGACGACCGCGCUGCGAUCGUUCAUGCGAGACCCGACCUCGAAUCAACGGCUCGCGACGGUAGCCACGAUAAAUUGCACGAAGGACUCACGGAGGUGCCGUCAUCCCACCAAACGUCGGGACAUGCCGAGAUCGAAAACCUCCCCGAGUCCGCUGACAUUGAGGGCAAGAUAGUUCUGCUCAUGCGAGGCGGCUGCGGCUUCUUGGAGAAGGUCAUGUGGGCGCAGCGUCGGGGCGCCGUGGCUGUGAUUGUUGGCGACAACACGAAAGGCGGGCCGCUGAUUCAGAUGUUUGCGCAUGGCGAAGAGGUGGACAAUGUCACCAUUCCGUCCGUCUUCACAGCACGGACGACCGCUCAGCUGCUGUCUUCACUGACUCAGCCAGGCAAUUUUGUGGAAGAUGUGCUAGACGAUAACGGCGAUUCUGUCUUCAGAGUCCAGCACAAAGCGGAGUCGGAUGACAAGAGCGAGUUUGGCGAUGCAUUCCAGGACAAAGUAGAUGCCAUGUCUAGGCGUGUGUCUACUCCUCGGAAGCGUGGUGUCUCGAGCUCGGUACCGGGUUCAGACCAGCUAGUUCAGAGCGGGCUCUCGCGGCUGCUGUUCUGGCGUCAAUCUCCGUCGUCAUCCCGCCGUGAGGCGACAGGCUGGGAGCUGGUGGGAGAUUGGAGCGAUGAGAAGGACAGGGUGAUCCACGAAUCCAUGGGCAAAGGGGAGACGAAAGAGCCAACAACGGAUGGUGGUUUGGGACCCAAGACCUCCCCGGCACAUGCGCGAAGAGGCAGCCUCCCGACGUCGGACAGACAUGGCUCAAAGUCCCAUGCAGGUCUUUGGGUGACCAUCAUUCCAACAAACAGCGCAAGCCCCUUCUUCGACACACUUCUCGUUUUGGUCGUCAGUCCCCUGGUGACGCUGACCGUGGUAUACGCUCUCCUCAUCAUUCGAGCCAAGAUCCGCCGGAGGAGAUGGAGGGCUCCAAAGUCCGUGGUCGAGCAGCUUCCAGUCCGAACGUAUCAUACAGUAGCUGGUUCCACAGCCCCUGCGACGCGGCAGCCUUCACCCGCGAGCAGCUCGCCCGCAACACCGCUUCUACAGUCUUCUCUACUAUCUCGACAGCGGUCUAGGGCGAAUACUGUCACUUCGGAGGGCAACGAUCCGGCGCAGCCUACGCUAGCCAUACCCACCGAACCGCCAUCGGAGACCAACCAAGGCCAUGAGCGUAUGGAAGGAGCUGGUGGCUUUUCAGCGGAAUGGAAGAAGUACAUGGGCCGACAGGUCGAGUGCGUGGUCUGUCUGGAGGAGUACGUCGACGGCGUGAGUCGGGUGAUGAGUUUGCCUUGUGGUCAUGAAUUCCACGCAGACUGCAUUACCCCAUGGCUUACCACUCGUCGCCGCACUUGCCCAAUCUGCAAGGGGGAUGUCGUCCGCUCACUAGCCCGCGGAUCACCCUCGAACCCGCAUUACGAAGCCUACCGAGACGACAGCGAGGAUGAGGACAUUGCUGAGGCAUCUGGUACCCGACCAGUAGACCAAACGCCCGACCUCGAACAGGGCAUUCUAACCGAGCCGAGCGACAGCCGACAGGAGGACAACUGGCUGGCCUUCUGGCCCAACAGCUUUGGCUCGAGGACCCGUCCACAGUCACCCCCUCGGCCGGAAGACCACAAUCAAUCAUGA